AUGGGCGACAAUGGUGGUUCACCAUCUACUGCCGGAGGCGAAAUAAAGAAAGUAAGCGAGAAUGUACUCUCAAUUCAGAACUUGUGCGAAAGUUGCAGGGAGAUUGAUCUUGCAAAACUGCUCCAUGUGUCACAGCAGCACUCAUACCCUCGUCCGCCUGGAGGUUCGUGCGGUAUUCCAAGCUCAUUCCCUCACGUUAUCGUCAGAUAUGCCUCUUUGUCUUUUCAAGGGAAGCACAGCAGUAAUGCCAACUGCGAAUUAUGCGCAUUCAUCUUGUCCCAGGUCGCGCGACAACAGAAUGCCGACUUCAAUCUGAAUAGGCCCGUGGAGAUGGCCCUGUCGCUACCCCCUGUGACAAGAUAUCACUUCUAUUUUCAGGAUACGUCAAAAUAUGGGUUUCUCAGAAAUGAAGACGAGUUCAAAUAUGAGUUUAGACACAAUGAAAACAUUGGUAAAGUUCCUGAAACUGUGCAGUCUGUUUCAACGCCUGAGACAUUUGAAGGAAAGCCCGUUACCAUCAACAUUGCAUGCCGAGCCGAAAGCCAUCUGUCAAAAAAGAUACCUCGACGAUUGGUUCAUGCACGGGGGACACAAGGCAGCUUCCAUCAAAUGAGGAAGUGGCUGCGCGAAUGUGACGAGACCCAUCCAGGCUGCAAAAUUGGUAUCGACCGUGAAAAGCUUCCCGAUGAUCCCAACUUGCCAACCAGAGUCAUCGACGUAGGCGACGUGGACUCCGACCAAGUACACCUUUUCAUACCGCAGCCCAACUCUCCUGGAAGAUAUGCAACCCUGAGCCACCGAUGGGGUGGUGAUAGUUACUGCGCCUUGACGAAAACGACUGUAUACGCGCUUCAGAGUGGAAUUUGUUACAGUGACCUGCCACCUACUUUUCGAGAUGCCAUUACCGUCACGAGACAGUUGGGAUUGCGCUAUCUCUGGAUUGACACGUUUUGUAUCAUUCAAGACGAUGGAGAAGACUGGGCUAUUGAAUCAGCUCGCAUGGGAGACAUUUACGAAAGGGCAUACAUCAACAUUGCGGCGACUGGCGCCGUCGAUGGCACUGGUGGUUUUCUGUCGUGCGGAAUCCGUAACCAGUCGAGCUUCAGUCUCCCGUGCCAGGAAUGCGGCGAGAUUGGCUGCAUCACCUUUACAGAUCAACCUGACAGUAGCUUCUAUAAAAACGUCAUCAAGACGCAUAUCAACGAACGAGGAUGGGUCUUCCAAGAAAGACUCUUAUCCCGACGGACGCUACAUUUUGCCAAAGACCAAAUCUACUGGGAAUGCGGGCAUCACAUUGUUUCUGAAGAUGGACAUACACACAACAACUAUGACGAUGCACCGGAGACAGAUCCUCAACCUAGAGAGGAGAAUUCGUUCAGAAACCUGACGUUGAAGCAUUAUAACCUGGAUGACACGAAGAUUGUGUUGAAGAAACACUUUGAUUUUGAAUGUAUUGGUCCAUCACUCCAGGCUCCUCUCUCGUCUGCAAACGUAAUGGACGUUGAUGAUGUGGAAGAAGAAUGGCGACGAUAUGUUGCGUGGAUGGAGAUUCUACGCAACUACACUGCGUGUCAUCUAAGUUUCACAAAAGACAAACUUCCAGCGCUGCAGGGAUUGGCAUCCAAAAUGUCGAAUCUGAUCAAGGCAAAGUAUAACUAUUCAGCUGGUCACUUUAUCGAUGCCACAGCCUCGUUAUUAUUCACGGUCCAAUCACCCGGUGGUCGACCAAAAGAGCCUCGCUGUUCAUCUUGGUCGUGUCUCUCUGUCGAUGCACCUAUAUCAUUCUACGACUGCCAAAGUGCCACGCCCUGUAUUCGGCUGGAUAUAGACAAGACGUUUUCUCUACCGACAAAGAAAGAUUUUGCGUCGUUGGUUCUAACCGGCUCCAUGAGGAGUGUCAAGAGAGGCCCACCGAAUGGUGAAGGCAGCGGCCCAGCUCGCCAUUACUCGAUGCAUUACUUCUCGGAAACGCCGUAUGGCAAGUUUCAAAAGACGUUGGGGCCGGUUGUGUUUGAUGACCCGGCGGAUACGCCUGCGGAGUUUUGGCUGGUGCCGUUUUGUAAGGUUACGCCUAGACAACGGACGGGGAACCAGGUCAUGGCGGAGAAUUGUCUUGUGUUGGCUUUGGUGAAGACGGGGGGUGAGGUUGGUAGGUAUCUUGAGUUUAGAAGGGUUGGGAUUGGGCAUGUCUAUAUUUCGGGGGUUUUUGGGGAUGUGGAAUCGGUUACGUUUGCGUUGUCGUAG